CAUAGUGUGCACUGCUCAUCGCACAGUGCAGUUAGCAUAUCCUCACAGGGAACUACCUAUCUAGUAGUAGUAGUAGCAAUAUAAUAAAGACAAAACAGGGUAGGAAACCUACUCUCUGUUUUUUUGUCCCCGCCGAUCGUCACCUCGUAAUAUAUGGACACGAAGCUCUAGUUUUAUACCGCCCAGCUUUUCCGAGGAAAACAUGGAAGGAAAUAUUAAUAACAAUCGGGGCACGAGGCUGAGGCGUUCCUUCAGAAGAAUCCUUGGCAAAAAAGAUUUGGAAGCAGGGUCUGCAAAUAACACACUACCAAUAAACAACAACGACCAUCCUAUUCCGAAACGGAAGGGCAGUAUCAAGAAGUGGCUGACUAGUCCAGUGAGAAAAUUGAGCACGAACAAAUUGGAUAGAAUAGACGGCCCAAAAGGACGAAAGCUUCACCAAGAUUUAGCAGUUAAGCAACAAAUUGGUGAUGAAGCCAAUGAUGAGGACCCUCUAAAAGAGGACCCGCCCCUUGCUGCUGGAGAAGAUCUAUUGGAAGACGUGAGUGGGCCAAGCCGCCACAUACAUGAGCGUGUUUCUGCGGUGAGCCAAGAGGACCUCCUUGCCCCCCGCUCAUCACCCCCUACUGUCCCUCCUGAAUCGCCAGUCGAUGACGAGGACAACCUGGAGCCGAUCGAGGCGGUACCGUUACCUCCACCCAUGGAGCUGCAGAACCACUCCAAUCUGAUCAGCCAUUCUUCCCCCUCGGAGAAGGAGGACGGGCGUGAGUCUCUUCUGUCGUUGAGCCCCACACCAGAAGUGGCCUGCUCUGGGCCAGGCACUGUCUCCGAACUAGAGCAAAUCAUAACCCAUAAAAGGGAUGAUGAGAAGGAAGUAGACACCAAAGAGGUAGCCAACACCAACGGUAACGCCUCAGAGACCGAUAAGGAGGAUCCUACUCAGGAGGAGGGUGAAGAGGAGGUACCAAAAGGAGACUUGAGUCUUGGAGAUCUAGAGCAGACAACCUCCCCUCCCUCUGAUGAUGAAGGGGAUACAGAGGCUCAGCAAGCUGAGGCAAAGAAAGAAGCCGCCAUCCAAAAACUAACAUAUAUCAUGGCUGAAAUAGUUGAGACGGAGAAGGAUUAUGUGAAAGAUCUUGGCAAAGUCGUAGAGGAAUAUAAGGAAUAUCUAAAAGACGAGAACGUCCAGAAACCGGAAGGUUUGGAGGAAGGAAAAAUCAAGAUUGCGUUUGGCAACAUCCACCAGAUAUACGAAUGGCACAGAGAAACAUUCUCGAUUGAAAUCCUGAAAUGCAAGGACAACAAUGAACUCCUCGGAGGACUGUUUAAGAAAUAUGAGCGGAGGUUACAAAUGUACGUUGUGUACUGCCAAAACAAACCAAAGUCGGAGUUCAUUGUCUCAGAGUAUGAAAGCUUCUUUGAGGAGGUACGACAAAAACUAGGUCACAAGUUGUCACUCGCAGAUCUACUCAUCAAACCAGUCCAGCGAAUUAUGAAAUACCAGCUGCUCUUAAAGGAUUUCUUGAAGCAAACAAAGAAAGCCGGUCUUGAUGCAGAAAUGCUUGAGGUAGCAGUGCAGAUUAUGUGUGUCGUACCAAAGAGAGCAAACGACAUGAUGGCAAUCAGUAGACUACAAGGCUUUGAUGGUAAGAUAACAGCCCAGGGCAAGCUCCUCAGGCAGGGUACGCUUAGCAUCACUGAGAACGUCAGUAACAUGAAGUUCAAGGAACGUCGUGUCUUCAUGUUUGAGCAGAUCAUCAUCUUCAGUGAACCUCUUGAGAAGAAGAAAGGCAGCUUCAAUAACCCUGGUUACAUCUUUAAGAAGAGUAUGAAGGUCAACACUUUGUCAAUCCAAGACAUUGAGGACGAACCGCUGCAGUUUAAGCUGAUUGAGAGAGGUGGUGAGAAGUUCCUGAUUCAGACGCAGACACCCGAUGAGAAGAAAACUUGGUUUCAAGAGAUUCGGGACCUUCUCAACCAGCAACAGGACUUCCUUAGAGCAUUACAAUCACCGAUCCAGUACCAAAGGGAUCUUGACUCUACAGACAAGAAAGUCCCAGAGCCAGCACCCCCACCCAAGCAGUCCACAGCCAGCAGUAUGUUCUCUAAACUACGCAAGUCCAACUCCCAGACGAGUGACCAACCAGCCUCCUCCCUCCAGAAGCAGCAUGCCCUCUUCAGCAGCCUCAAGAGUCAUCAUCGUAAGAACCAGACGUCGCCGGCUGCAAUCUCCCUCACAGAGCUCAAAGACAAGGACAAGAACUCCAAGAAGAAGCCACUGAGCAACCAACCGGAGGAACCGACAUCCCCUCCUCCCCAGCAGAACCCAGAGGACAAAACUGAAAAAGACGGAAACAAAACUCAGAACCAUAAGAACUCAUGUGAGAAGGAGAAUCAGCAAAGUGGGUCGCCGUCACUUCGGAAGAAGUUCUUUGAUGGACUGUUCCACUCGUUUCGGCCAAGCAAGUCCAGGGAUACGUCCCCUAUGGGGUCUAAGGAGAGUUUGAAAGGGGGCAAAGACACAGGAUCGUCAAAAGAAAGCAUAGACAAGAACAGUAACAAAUCCUCGCCAUUGUCAAGCAAUGCUGAUAUAGCGAGUCCAACAACACCUCUUGAGCAGGAAACGGAAGCACAGAGGAACCCUAAGAGUCCUCUUAAACGGACUCAAAGUGCAAGGGAUUCUGUCCCCUCAAAGUCCAGCCAGGGUGGGUCCACAGGAUCCUUAACCUUACCUAAGAGUGGCACGCCGCCACCACCCUUGGAUACCACGCCAAGCCCCGUUGGUUUGACAGCUAGCCCACUAGGUAGGGAAGCCUCAUCACCAAGGUCCAAACGGGCUUCUACCGGGUCCAUCCAAAAAGAGCAGGAGACAGCUGCUAGUGGCAAUAGGAAAGUAUCUCUGGAUUCAUCUCCUUACCGGAGUAGGAAUGCUGUUGAGAAUAGAGCAAUGGAAGCAUCUGGCGUGACGCAGAAUCGUCUCAGCUAUACAUCUGUAUCAAGUACAGAACCUGAUGACACAUUUGUUGAGUCCAGUUGCAUGUCCCCAGUUGUCACCAACUACACUGCAUUAAAAGAAGAUGAAAUUACAGUCUAGGGUGAAACGGUGCAGAUUCUCGCUGCCAACCAACACAACAUGUACUUGGUGCAUCGGGCUCCCUCUCAGGACUCACCAGCAGCUGAGGGUUGGCUGCCAGGCUAUGUGCUGGGCAACACCAAGGAGCUCAUAGGGGACCAUGGAGGUGUUCCCCAGGCUACCACCAAUCCCACUCAUGCCACCAACAGUGAGAUCACCCCGAAGUUUGUGGGCAGCAACCUGGAUUGGAACCUCACCCAUCAUUACGAAUGUCCUAGUCGGGACAUGACGAAAACAUUGUCGUCAUGGCAUGAGGCAUUCAAAAUCCGUCGAUCAGGUUACAAGACCGACCGAAAGGAGAAGAAUCUGACGCCGAGAAGUCGGCCGAGGACGGGAUCGGAUUGUAGUACAGACAGCAGUAGGGGGAGAGAGAAGGAGUCUAAAGCAAUGAAACUUGCUAAUAAGUUGCUGCAUCCGAGUAUCGUGUUUGAAUCUUUCCCAGAGUUCUCAUCUCCUCUGACCAAUCAGACGGUCAACGAGGGUGAUGACCUCACCUUAACCUGUCAGAUAUGUGGAAAGCCAACACCCUUCAUAUCGUGGGAGGGCCCGCCCAACUCUGCACCCAUUACAGCCGACCAUCGAAUCCGGAUGACGCAUAAAGAGAAUGGUGUGGCUCGGCUGGAGAUAUCAGGAGUACGGUGGGAUGAGAAAGGAGAGUAUACAUGUAUCGCAACCAACGAUGUUGGGUCCCAGACUUCUAGUUCUUUGGUUACUGUAAAAGGUAACCCCAUCCCACCUUGCCAUCUCACUCCUCAUGACAUCCGUGCUACCUCUUUAGUCAUGCGAUGGGACGUACCUAGGAAUACACGCUAUAGUCCAGUCACUGCAUAUACAGUGGAAUAUGCAUUACAAGGAAAGAAAACACUGAAAUGGGAAAUUGCAGCUGCCUACGUGACUGACCUCUUCUUCAGAGUUGAUGACCUCAACCCAGGGUCAUGUUAUUACUUCCGGGUCAGUGCAAAUAACGACGUUGGUAUCAGCGUGCCAAGUGAAGUAUGUGAAGUGUCUACCUUAUCAUCAGACUUAGAAUGUGAAUCCACCGAUACUUCAGGGACGCUGUGGCAGCAGAAAUUCCCAAAUGCUUUCAAAGUCAUUGGCGAGUUAGGACGUGGAAGGUUUUCAGUUGUGCAGAUGUGUUACAACAAGCAGAGUCAGAGGGAGGUUGCCGCCAAAUGUAUCAGCAAAAAGCUACAGAGUAUACAGCAUGUAGAGAAUGAAAUAGCUAUUCUGGAAGCCCUCAAUCACCCCUCUGUUUACAACAUACAUGGAUGCUAUCAGAUGAACCAACACUGCAUUCUAGUCUUAGACCUAAUUCCCAGUGGGCGUCUACUAGAUCACUUAAUCAGUCUACCCAUCGUUACUGAACAGCACAUAGCUGCAUAUGUCUGCCAGAUCUUGGAAGCCCUGGUGUACCUGCAUGGAUGUGGCAUUGCUCACCUUGACAUCAAGCCUGAGAACUUAAUGGUGGACAUGAGCACACUAUCUCCGAUUGUGAAACUGAUAGACUUUGGUGAUGCUACGUACCUGAGUGAAGGUAGUUACAUUCAUACACUGCUUGGAAGUCCAGAGUUCUCACCUCCAGAAGUGGUGAAUAGAGUUUUUGCUAGCUUCAGAUCAGACAUGUGGAGUGUUGGGGUUGUGGUCUAUGUGCUUCUGAGCGGCGUGUCUCCGUUCUUGGAUGAGAGUGUAGAAGAGACAUGUUUAAACAUCACCAGAGUUGACUACUCCUUUCCUGAAGACUUCUUUAAGACGGUUGGACGGCAAGCCAAAGCUUUCAUCGGUAGCUUACUACGAGAGCAGCCAAGUGAUCGACCAUCGGCCGAGGACUCUCUAAAAGAUCAAUGGUUAUGGACAGUUAGCAAUGGAGAUUCACCGAUGCAGACCCCAACUCUAGUACUGGAUACAUCGAGACUAGUGGACUUUAUUGAGAGGAGAAAAACACAGAAUGAUGUCAGACCAGUGCUUCCGGUCCUAGGCUACCACACAAUGAGUAAAACAUCCACUGUGUAACUCAAGGACUAGUGAGGGCCCUCUCAUGUAUGGCUCAUGAGGAUUGUAGACUGGUCCCCAGUCCUUAACCACAAGGACAAUGACAGAUGUUUGCUUUAUAUGUAUACACAUGUACGUCGGAUUUAACUGUGAAUCUCCAGAAUCAUGAAACCCAUGUGAAAUGAAUGCAGGGCCAAAGGUGAUUAUGGACAUUGGCUCAACAACAGAUCACUGGCGUAAUUCACAAUCAUGGAAGUGGGACGUCAGAUGUUCAGGUGACAGACAUUGCCUAAAUGCUUGGUCACAUUAACAUACCAAAAUGGUGCUUUGUCAAUUUGCAAUAAAGUCUUUUCUGGUUAACAUUUCCCACCAUCCACUAGGAGCUUGGCUGGUAAAGCAGUAUGCAAUACCUUCCCAACUAUUUCAGAAGCAAUUAAGGUAAGUGCACAAAGUGUCAUGACAUGGAUUCAAACCCACACUUUGCUACUGACAACACAAGAGCUUGGGAUUGGUUAAAUAGUAAUAUAUUAUUUGGAUGUACUGGUAAUUAUUUUCUUAUAGUUAAAUUAACCAACUCUCUUCACAGCAUUAUGAAUUUAUAGUUGUGGUAAAAAUGCCAAAUAAACUAAUUAAUUAGCACUGCCUAUUAAUCUUUCCAUUUGUUCUCUUAUUGUCAACUUAUUGAAGUUUUAGUUUUUUUAAUCAUGUAGACGAUGCAAGUCUAUGAUUGUCAAAUGUUUUAGCUCUUGUUUUCAUUUUAAGAGGUGUAUUGUCUGUUAUCUUGUAGAGGGGACUUUUCUAACUAAUUAUGAUCUCUGAUUCAUUUUCAUGUGCAUAUUCGUGAAUUUUCAAGAAGCCAAAAGUUUAAACUGUAAAUAGUUCAUAGAAUUUUAUUUGCUGCAAUUAUACUCAUACUCAGUGUCUAAGAGGGUGUAAAUUUAAAGAGCUAUACAUGUAUGAAUGAGCAAUUGGAAUACUCUGAUCUCUCUGUGUAUAGUGAGAAUCUGUAUUCUUUAUUGUGUGUUGCAGACUAGGAACAUGACAUGGAUUGGGGCAACAAAUGCCUAUAUCGCUUUGUGAAACCCAUGGUGUUGUUUUAGGCUCUAAUUUGGCUCCCUCAGUAUUUUUUUGAACAGCAUUAGGCACUAAGCGGGAGAUGUAAGACGCUGUUUCAAAGAUGCCCUAAUAACAAAUGUUGUACCUCAUCUUUCAGGUUUUAACAUUGUAUCAUGUCUUCCAUUUAAUUUAAGGGCAGUGGACACUAUUGGUAAUUAUUAGCAUAAAACCUUUCUUGGU